CAAAUCUUUGCUAAACGAUUAAAAAGUAGGAUAUUUAACUCUUUCUUGCAUAUAAAAGAUGGAUUUGAACACUAAUGCUUACUUAAAAGAUUAGUUAAAAUGCACCUCCUUUCAUAUCUUGAGAAAAGGAAAACAGUUUUGUGAGGCACGUUAAGAGCACCACGUUCAUGCAGCUAGCUAGCUAGCACACUCACUCACCCACCCACCCUUGUCUCCUUCAAUUCCGAAACGGUUACCUCUUUUUUAUUCCCUUCUAACUACCCACUGCAGCAACCAACAAUAAUGGCGCGUAUGUCCUCCUUCUUUUCUCUGCUGCUUCUUCUUCACUUCCUUGUUCCCUUUCAAUGCCACGUGGCUGCUUCCUCUUCUUCUUCUUCAGCUAAGUACCACCAUAACCGUAACCACAGCAGCGCAUGUUCAUUGUUCGAGGGAAGUUGGGUGCGCGAUGAAGAAUACCCAAUGCCAUUGUACGAAUAUUCAAGGUGUCCAAUCAUAGACCCUGAAUUCAACUGUCAAAUGUACGGUCGUCCUGAUUCUGCAUACCUCACAUAUCGCUGGAAGCCUCUCUCUUGCGACCUUCCAAGGUUCAAUGGGAUUGAGUUUUUUAUGAAAAUGGAAGGGAAGACGGUCAUGUUUGUCGGUGACUCAUUGGGAAGGAACCAAUGGCAGUCUUUGAUUUGCAUGCUAUCUUCUGCUGCACCUAAUGCACGCACUCAAUUUCUCAGUGGAGAUCCUCUUUCAACCUUCAAAUUCUUGGAUUAUGGUAUGAGCAUUUCAUUCUACAGAGCACCUUAUUUGGUGGAUGUUGAGGUGUUCCAAGGGAAGAGAAUUCUAAGGUUAGAAGAGGUAGGUAGGAAUGGAGAUGCAUGGAAAAGUGCUGAUGUUCUGUCAUUUAACACUGGCCAUUGGUGGACUCAUCAAGGAUCUCUCCAGGGUUGGGAUUAUGUAAAUUUAAGAGGAAAGUACUACCAAGACAUGGAUCGCUUGGCAGCUUUGGAAAUAGGUAUGAAAACAUGGGCUAAUUGGGUGGACAACAACAUUGAUAGAAGCAGAACCAAAGUCUUCUUUCAAGCAAUUUCUCCUACACAUUACAAUUUGUCGCAGCUCUUUAUUUCUCAACAUGGCCUUAUCACCUACCAUGUUAGAAGGUUUGCUAAGAGGAUAACUUCUCCUAUGCGCCGAUCACCAGUCCCAAAUGAAUGGAAUACUAGGAAGACAACAACAUUGAUGCCAACAAAGAAUUGCUAUGGUGAAACAGCACCUAUCAGAGACACAUCAUCAUACCCUGGACCCUAUCCAGAGCAGAUGAGGAUUGUGGAUAUGGUGAUCAGAGAAAUGAAGAAUCCUGCAUAUCUUAUGGACACUACAUUCUUGUCAGCAUUAAGAAAAGAUGGGCACCCUUCAAUUUACAGUGGUGAAUUGAGUCCACAGCAGAGAGCUAACCCUGACCACUCAGCUGAUUGCAGCCAUUGGUGCCUUCCUGGAUUACCUGAUACUUGGAAUGAACUUCUCUACACUGCUUUGUUCUACUAACUCCUCCUUCUUUUUCAUCUUUAAUUUUAAUGAUUGCA